CUGACUAUCCUGUGGAUUGAAGUUGCUCCAAAAGUUGAAAUGAAGAAGGAAGUUGCAGUCAAAUGGCCUGAGAGUAGCCCAAGUCUUCCAGAAUGGCUAGCAACACAGCCUACACAGGAUUGGGAGGACACCUUUCACAGAGAUGGUUGCUUGACUGUCAACAAUAUUCUCACAGAAGAUGAAGUUCGGAUUUACAAAGACAUCUACACUAGGAUGUUAUCUGGGGAAAUAGACACGAGAAGACACCGUCAUGAUCUAGGUAAUCAUGUAAAACAGGUUUCUAUAAAUCAAGAAAAUAUCUGUCAAAUAAUGUGGCCAAGUGAAUAUAUUGAAGACCUUUUAAAAGGUCCAUUGCAUACAAGGGCAGAAGCAAUAGCACAUGUGGUAUUAGGGAAGGAUUGUGUGUUAGACUUUGACAUGCUUAUAUCAAAGGGGCCCCAUACUAAUACAGAGACCCCAUGGCAUCAGGAUGAAUCCUACUGGCCUGAUCAACCUGAUAAGCGAGCAGCUUCUUUCUGGGUGGCGUUAGAUGAGUCAACCGUUGAUAAUGGGUGCAUGUGGUUUGUACCUGGCUCCCACAAGCUGCCUAUGAGGCCAUUCAGGCCUGUCAGUGAGGGACAUCAUGUGUUAUGCUGUGAUUGCUCAGAGGAGGAAGGUGCACCAAGGCCGCUAAAACCAGGAUCAUGUACAGUACAUCAUGGUAGAACAUUGCACUAUUCCCGGGGAAAUACAACAAAUACACAGCGCCGUGCAUACAUAGUUAACUUUAGGCCAGCAGAUAUGGUGAAGUUUGAAAGGGAUCACAAAUUUGAUCAUGGAAAGAGUGGUGUUGAUGAAAUUAUUCUUACGCAUAAAGAAGUACAAUAGAGCAAGAUCGAAUAUAUAGAGAGAGAUGCUUCAAAGAGAGAUUUUAUGAGGACAAUUAGAAAAAUAGCGCAUGUGCUAUAGCAAAUAUUUGUAAAGGGGCUUUUGCCAAAUAUUCCAGGAUCUCAAUUAGGAAAUUGAGAAAUGUGAAUAUAAGUAAUCAUGAUUGUA